AUGGCCGGUUUGCUAAUUCAAGAGGUUCGCCUUCGCAAGUCGCAAACCCGGAGGGUCAUCCUGUCUGAGAAACGCUUGCCCUGCACGCUGCCAAAGCGUUGCUGUCAGCGCUUGUCUCCUGCACCCACACAAAUGCCACUGCACGUCCACGUCUUGCAUGUCAUCCAUCAAGCUGAGCAAGCAGGACAUCUUAACAAGCAAGCAAACAAACAGACACCACAAAAUCUGCUUAAUGUAGAGAAAUCAAUACCAUAUGAACGAGAAGAUGUUCAAAAGAAAACAUUCACAAAAUGGAUAAACGCACAGUUUGCUAAGUUUGGAAGACGUUGCAUUGAAGAUCUUUUUAAUGAUUUCCAAGAUGGACGAAGACUUCUGGAGCUCCUGGAAUGCCUUACAGGCCAAAAACUUGCAAAAGAAAAAGGCUCCACAAGAGUUCAUGCUCUGAAUAAUGUCAACAAAGCACUACAGGUUUUGCAGAGAAAUAAUGUUGAUUUGGUAAAUAUUGGCAGUUCGGACAUUGUGGAUGGAAAUCAUAAGCUGACUCUUGGUUUGAUCUGGAAUAUAAUCCUCCACUGGCAGGUCAAAGAUGUAAUGAAAAACAUCAUGGCUGGAUUGCAACAAACAAACAGUGAAAAGAUUCUGCUGAGCUGGGUCCGCCAAUCAACUCGGAACUACCCACAGGUCAAUGUUAUCAAUUUCACCAGUAGCUGGGCUGAUGGAUUGGCUUUCAAUGCUCUCCUCCACAGUCACAGACCAGACCUAUUUGACUGGAAUGCUGUUGCUUCUCAACAGUCACCUAUACAGCGAUUAGACCACGCAUUCAAUGUAGCCAGACAACACUUGGGGAUAGAAAAACUUCUUGAUCCUGAAGACGUUGCAACUGUCUGUCCAGAUAAGAAGUCCAUCUUCAUGUAUGUGACUUCCCUCUUCCAAGUUCUGCCCCAGCAAGUCACCAUGGAAGCCAUCAGGGAGGUGGAAACAUUGCCACGACCCUCCAGGAUCACUAGAGAAGAGCACAUACGAGUUGAUCAUCGACAGCAUUUUUCGCAAGGAUUUGUAGAAACCAUUGAAACAAAGACAUUUAGCACCUCACUGACGGGAUCAGAAAUGGACCUUGACAGCUAUCAAACUGCUUUAGAAGAAGUACUCACAUGGCUUCUUUCCGCUGAAGAUGCAUUACAAGCACAAGGAGACAUAUCCAAUGAUGUAGAAGUUGUGAAAGAACAGUUUCACACCCAUGAGGGUUUUAUGAUGGAAUUAACAGCCCACCAAGGACGUGUUGGCCAUGUUUUGCAAGUUGGAAGUCAACUUCUGACACUUGGGAAGCUUUCAGAUGAUGAAGAAAAUGAAAUCCAAGAGCAAAUGAAUCUACUUAAUUCUCGAUGGGAAAGUCUCAGGGUAGCCAGUAUGGAAAAACAAAGCAAUUUACAUAAAAUUCUAAUGGAUCUUCAAAAUCAGCAGCUAGCCCAGUUGGGUGACUGGCUGACAAAAACAGAGCAAAGGACAAAGACGAUUGAUUCAGAGCCCUUAGGUCCCGAUCUAGAGGACCUGAAGCAUCAAAUAGAAGAACAUAAGGUAUGUUACAGAAUUUAG